AUGGCGGCGGGAGCGUCGCGGUUCCGACGUGCGAAGGGUGCUGUGGCAUCUGGCCCGGCGCCAGCGCCCAAGCCACUGCAGCCGGAUGCUGGAUGGGAGCUCAUCUUUGGAGAGGACGUGGAGAACCCCGAAGUUCUGGAGCAGCACAAGUUUGGACUGCAGAUGGCACUCUUGGGCCAGGGAACGCCUGAGGGAUUCGUGGACCACGAGUUUCCGGCACAGGCCCGAAGCAUCGAUGGCUUGCAGGGCCCCCCUGUGCGCCGCGGACAGGAGACGCUCAUGGAGCUCUUGAAGACCGUCGACCACGAGGAGGAUGAGGAGGAAGAGGAGGUGCCCGACGCACCACGCUGCCCCUGCGGCCGUCGCGCUCGCCAGGGGAGGGUCCAGCUGCCUGGCAUGGUGGCCCGGCGGCCCUACUUCCGCUGCGCUGCACGCGCCUGCCGCUUCUUCAGCUUCGGAGAGCUCCCCACCACACCGGAGGCGCAGGCCCUCUCCUGGGUACGGCUGCGCACCGUUGCGCCGGACAGCACAAGCAGCACCAACAGCGCAUGGCUUGCACAGCACCUGGUCGUGGUGGGCCGGGAUGGCUUUCGGCCCGAGGAUGCUCGCCUUGGGCCGGGGUGCGAGUCGUUGGGAGAUGCUCUGUUCGUCGAUGCGCUCGCGAUCCUCUCAGAGCGACCCAGCGCUUUGCAGAAGCUCCUGCCCAACGUGGCCACCACCACAGUCACCACAGCCGGUUGCCACGAGAUCCGGCUUUGCACAGAGGGCAUCUGGCGAUCAAUCUUGCUGGACGAGCGCUUGCCCAUGGCAUCCAGUGGUCCGAAGCUCGAAAAGAACUUCCACGAGCUCCUGGCCUUCGGGCGCUGUGCAGGCAACCAACUCUGGAUUCCGCUUCUCGAGAAGGCCUAUGCCAAGGCGUACGGGGCCUAUCAGUUUGCUUUUCCUGGCACAGCCUUGUCCGUCUUCCUGGAAGAUCUUACCGGCAGCAUCGUCGAGCAGGUGCAUCUUGGGAAGCCUCGGAACAGCGUCGGUGAGCUCUUGGAUCCGAAGGAGCUCUGGGCGUAUUUGCUCGGCCACCAGCGGGACGGCACUUUGCUUUGCUGUGUCUCCCAGCUUCUGCAGACCUCAGCUUCCUCGGCCUUUGCAGUGCUCGACAUGUCCGAGGGCCCAAACGGCUCGCCGGGUCGGAUCCGCCUGCGCAACCCGCGUGUCACAGGCUCCAGUGCCACGGCUGCGUACGAGCGGAUUCUGUCGAUGCUCCGAGGUUCGCCGGCAGAGGCCUCGACUUAUGCAGAUGGCUCUUUCUGGGUGCAAUUCAUGGACUUCCUCUCAGUGUUCUCCCAGGUCUGCAUGUGCCACGCUGCCUCUACCGGCGGUGCAUUGCUGCACACGCGGACCUUCGAGGGCGAGUUCACGCCCGAGCGGGGCACCGGAAUCCGUGGCUGUUGUCUCCGCCUGUCUGCGUAUGCUGGCGCUGAGCCCUGCGAGGUGUGGCUCUCACUCCUGCAGCCCAUCCCAAAAGGGGCCCGGCUCCUUCAGCCUUCCAUGGGCCAGGUGCUGAACGACCUGUCGCUGGUGGUGCUCGAUUCUUCGAGCGGCGAGGUGGCCGUGGCGGCCCUCUUCGGAGCACGGCCGGUUGGCAGCUGCCGCGUAGCCCUAGCUCCGAACAAGGCUGGAAGCUGGCUGGUCUUGCCUUUCAGUCGCCGCGCUUGGCCGGGUCCCGUGCGGCUCAGAGUCCACUGUUCGCAGCCGGUGGAGGUGCAGCGCCUGGCUUCGGAGCCUGGCGAGAGGGCACCUUGGGAGCCGCUCUUUUGCCUGGUGGCUGCGGCAGCUCGCGGCGCGGCCCCUGGCUUGCGCGGUGUGGGUUCCCGGAGACCGGUCCAUGUUCGGACGGCAGCAGGCGGGGAGACUUCGCUGACGGUGGAGCUGUUGGAGCUGCGGGCAGAGGGUGCAGUGUUGCUGCUGCUGGACAACACCUUUGCCAAAGCGGCCCUGCUCUUCGAAGCGACAGUUGAAGGCAACCAUGUGGUCACACAGACCUCCCGGGGAUCGCAGCUGGGAGAUUGGUGUGAGGAGAGGAACGAGGAUAGCUUCAAAGUUGGAGCUCGGACACAGUGGCGGCGCUACAAGGUCGAAGACGUCAUUCCUCCGGCCUCACGGCAGAUGGUCUCAAUGCACUUUGCGGUCGGCACCGAUUGGGAUGUCGAGGUGCUGACUGUGAAGGCCUCCGUUGUCCCAGUCGCCAUGGCCGGAGCCCGUCCCAGGAACCACCCGUUCGCCCCCUACGCCAUUCGCGGCAACACGCUGCUGGCUCCGAACCUCGACGUGCUCGCGGCGGAUGGUGCAUCGGCCGAAGGCCUCUUGGAACGCCAGGAAGAUGCGGAGCUGCAGCUCGCCUUGCAGCUGUCCCUGCAGGAUGUUGCCAAGCCGUUGGAGCCGCGCCAGCGCUGGGGCCGCCGCAACAAGGCCGAGGCCAACGGCGCUGAAAACAAAGCGUGCUCCAUCUGCUGCGAGCCCCUCCGAGCGCCUGGAGAUCUGCCAGCACAAUCAGCACAACAUUUAAAAUGUUGUGCCCAGGUCUGUUGGAGCUGCGCCUCUCGCUGGGCCAUGGAGCAGGAGGCACAGGGGCUCGCUGCCGCAGAGAUGCGCUGCCCACAGUGCUCGGCUGUGCUCGAGGAUGCGGUUCUGCGGCAGCUGCUAGGCACGGACGCUCUUCACAGAGCCCAGGAGCGCACGAGGCGCCGUGGAGAGGUGGGGCCUAGCGACCUGUCCAGCGCCACACUGGUGCGUUUGGGCCUAAAACGGUGCCCUGGCUGUGGAGAAGGCCUGCAGAAGGAGUCAGAGACGUGCCACAAGAUGAUCUGCCGCACCUGCCGCGCCCGCUUCUGCUUCCGGUGCCUUACGCGACUGGAGUACUUCAACUGCGGUUGCACAGGUGCGGAGCACCGCUUUGUUGACCCGAUGGAUGGACGGACACUUAUGCAUCAGUAG